GCCCCGGGGUGCUUCCCCUCCCUACGCCUCCGGGCCUUGUGUCCCCGGCCUCUCCCCGAGGUCGCGGUGGAGGAGGACGCCUGCAUCGCUCCCCGGCUGGCUGCUGCUGUGCCCGGGCCAGGGGACCACAGCCUCCCGGAGCUCGUGGGGCCGGCAUGGAGCUCUUCCAAGCCAAGGACCACUACAUCCUACAGCAGGGAGAACGCGCGCUGUGGUGCAGCCGGCGCGACGGCGGCCUGCAGCUCCGACCGGCCACUGAUCUGCUUCUUGCCUGGAAUCCCAUUUGUUUGGGAUUGGUAGAAGGAGUUAUUGGGAAAAUUCAGCUUCAUUCAGAUCUUCCAUGGUGGCUUAUUUUAAUUCGGCAGAAAGCAUUGGUGGGUAAACUCCCAGGAGACCAUGAGGUCUGUAAAGUUACCAAAAUUGCUGUCUUGUCACUUUCUGAACUGGAACCUCAGGAGCUUGAGCUGGAGCUCUGUAAGAAGCAUCAUUUUGGAAUUAAUAAGCCAGAGAAGAUUAUACCAUCCCCUGAUGACUCCAAGUUUCUACUGAAGACACUUACACAUAUCAAAUCCAACGUUUCUGCCCCCAACAAAAAAAAAGUUAAGGAAAGUAAAGAGAAGGAGAAGUUGGAGAGACGAUUACUUGAAGAGCUGCUGAAGAUGUUCAUGGACUCAGAGUCCUUUUAUUACAGCUUGACCUAUGACCUGACUAACUCGGUGCAGAGGCAGAGCACUGGGGAGAGGGAUGGCCGUCCCCUCUGGCAGAAGGUUGAUGACCGAUUUUUUUGGAAUAAGUACAUGAUCCAAGAUCUCACUGAGAUUGGUACUCCGGAUGUGGAUUUCUGGAUCAUUCCCAUUAUCCAGGGUUUUGUGCAGAUUGAAGAGCUUGUGGUUAAUUACAGCGAGUCAUCUGAUGAGGAGAAGAGCAGCCCAGAGACCCCCCCUCAGGAGUCCACCUGUGUAGAUGACAUUCACCCACGGUUUCUAGUGGCUCUCAUAUCUCGCAGAAGUAGGCACAGAGCUGGAAUGCGCUAUAAACGAAGAGGAGUGGAUAAAAACGGAAAUGUUGCAAAUUAUGUGGAGACUGAGCAGUUAAUUCAUGUUCAUAAUCACACCCUGUCAUUCAUUCAAACUCGAGGCUCUGUGCCUGUCUUUUGGAGUCAGGUUGGGUAUCGCUAUAAUCCAAGACCUCGGCUAGACAAAAGUGAGAAGGAAACGGUUGACUGUUUCUGUGCUCAUUUUGAAGAACAACUGAAAAUUUACAAAAAACAGGUUAUUAUUAACUUGGUAGACCAGGCUGGAAGGGAGAAGAUUAUUGGCGAUGCUUAUCUGAGGCAGGUGCUGCUCUUCAACAACUCACUGCUCACCUAUGUCUCCUUUGACUUCCACGAGCACUGCCGAGGAAUGAAGUUUGAGAACGUUCAAACCCUCACGGAUGCCAUUUACGACAUUAUUCUUGACAUGAAGUGGUGUUGGGUUGAUCAAGCUGGGGUAAUAUGUAAGCAAGAAGGAAUUUUUCGAGUUAAUUGCAUGGACUGCCUAGAUCGCACCAACGUGGUCCAAGCCGCUAUUGCACGAGUGGUCAUGGAGCAUCAGCUUAAAAAACUAGGUGUGAUGCCCCCAGAGCAGCCGCUGCCUGUGAAAUGCAAUCGGAUUUACCAGAUAAUGUGGGCUAACAACGGAGACUCUAUCAGCAGACAGUAUGCUGGGACAGCUGCUCUGAAGGGUGACUUUACAAGAACAGGAGAAAGGAAGCUGGCAGGAGUUAUGAAAGAUGGAGUUAACUCUGCAAAUAGGUACUACCUCAGUCGGUUCAAGGAUGCUUAUAGGCAAGCCGUCAUAGAUUUGAUGCAAGGCAUUCCAGUGACAGAAGAUCUUUAUUCCAUAUUUACCAAGGAGAAAGAGCAUGAAGCUUUGCAUAAGGAAAACCAGAGAAGCCACCAGGAACUGAUCAGCCAGCUCUUACAGAGCUACAUGAAGUUGCUGCUGCCAGGCGAUGAGAAGUUCCAUGGGGGCUGGGCCCUUAUUGACUGUGACCCCAGCCUCACUGACGCUGCUCACAGAGAUGUGGACGUGCUCCUGCUGCUUUCUAACUCUGCCUACUACGUGGCCUAUUAUGAUGAUGAAGUUGAUAAAGUAAACCAGUAUCAACGGCUAAGCCUAGAAGACCUGGAAAAAAUAGAAAUAGGUCCUGAACCUACUCUUUUUGGGAAGCCGAAGUUCUCCUGCAUGCGACUGCACUACAGAUGUAAAGAAGCGAGUGGUUACUUCCACACACUGAGAGCUGUGAUACGCAGUCCAGAAGAAGAUGGGAAAGAUACUCUUCAGUGCAUUGCAGAGAUGCUACAAAUCACCAAGCAAGCCAUGGGGCUGGAUGUUCCUAUAGUUGAGAAGAAGCUUGAGAGGAAAAGCAGUAAGCCUCAUGAAGACAUCAUUGGUAUCAGGUCUCAAAACCAAGGCUCUCUGGCCCAGGGGAAAAGUUUUCUAAUGAGCAAAUUUUCAUCUCUAAAUCAAAAAGUAAAGCAAACCAAAUCCAAUGUGAACAUUGGCAGCCUACGAAAAUUAGGAAACUUUACAAAGCCUGAAAUGAAAGUUAACUUUCUAAAACCAAACUUAAAAGUCAAUCUUUGGAAGUCAGACAGUAGUCUUGAGACCAUGGAAAACUCGGGAGUGAUGGAUAAUCAGGUCCAAGGGGAGUCUGACGGGGACAUGUCUUCAGAUAAUGAUUCGUACCACUCUGAUGAAUUCCUUACAGAUUCCAAGUCCCAGGAAGACAGGCAGCUAGCUAAUUCUUUAGAGAGUGUGGGGCCAACAGAUUACAUUCUCCCAAGCUGUGGUAUUAUUGCUUCUGCACCUCGAUUAGGCAGCCGGUCACAGUCUGCCAGCAGCACGGAUAUCAGCGUUCAUGCUCCUGCCGAGGCUACUGUUGGUCAUGGAGGUGGGCUUGCAAAAGGCCACGAGUCUCCCUUGAAGAAAAGUCCUUCAGCUGACAACAUACGGGUUUUGACAGGCUUUGCCAAGCCUGUGGAUGUUUACUGCCAUAGAUUUGUACAGGAUGCACAGAACAAAAUGACUGAGCUGUUGGAGACCAGGUCUGUGUCUCAGAAUAAUGAGGAAGGAAAUGAAAAGACUAACAAUGUUUCCAGUGAAGAAAACCAGUCAGAAUCACUGGGACAGAUGCCUUCUCGACCGUCCCAGUUAAAUGUCUCUUGUUCUUUGACAGGCCCACAGUUUUUAUCAGUUGAACCAGUACAUUCUGUGGUCUCUCAGAAGAGCCCCAGCUCUGGGUCCAGCCUGCUGGAACUGGAGGCAGGGCUCUGUGUGACUCCUUCUUCAGAGAGCAGCAGCAGAGCAGUCUCUCCCUUUGCAAAGAUCCGAAGCUCCAUGGUCCAAGUUGCUAGUAUUACCCAAGCUGGGCUAACUCACGGGAUAAACUUGGCAGUGGCCAAAGUUCAGAAAAGUCCAGCAGAACCUGAAGUAGUUAAUGAAAUUCAGCAAAAUGAACUUAAAAAUAUGUUUACACAAUGCCAGACACGAAUAAUUCAGAUUUAGAUUUUAGUCACAAUCCCAUGGUUUUUAUUUAAAAAAUCAAAAUGAAGUUUUCACCCAUCAGGUUUUUUUUUUGAACAGAUUUUGUCCCAAGUGCUGGGAUUAAAGAUGUGCCCCACCACAGACCAGCCCUCUGAGGCUAUUUUAACCCGUACUGAGUUUAGGAAUUGCAAAUUCUAAUUAUGUUUACUGACGAUUGUUUCAGUUUGAACCUGAGGAAAUUUUCAGAUAGACUAUAAGUGAUCAUCCUAGACUGUAGGCCAGAGUAGCUAAAAUACAUGCCAAGAAUGAUCUUACUGGGGAAGGUUCCGGAAAGAACCAAGCUGGUGUUUGGAGGGAGAAAGGGAGAUAUAGUCUGUGAAGCAGAUGCAGUGUGAAUACACCCGUUUAAAGAAUUGGCAUCUUCCUGCUCUAUCAGGUUCAUUCCUAUACACUGCCUCUAUAAGGAAAAUUAUACAUUUAGAUUUUAGUAACUUUUACUAGUGUGCAGAAGUACUAAAUUAAAAAAAAAAAAAACAGUAGUCUUAACAGCUUAUUUGUCAAUGAGGUUGAGAAUCAACAGUAGUGAAAUAAUAUAUUUUCAUCUGAUUGAUCCCAGUUUCUCCCAUAUUCUUUCUUCUCUUCCAAACUCCUAAACACACACCUGCUCCAAGAACAUAAGAUCAUGUACACUGACUGACUCUAGGACUCUUUAGAAAUGUCAGGUUUUAACUCUUUCAAGGGAGACAUCUAGCAUCUCUUGUAGGUUCCAGAACCAUGGAAAACCUACUUAAAGUGUAGGUUAAUACUGGUUUUAUACAGUAAUUGACCAGCAAGGACACUGGCCUCUUGUGUAUCCCAGAGUAAGAAAGCAGUGUGGCACAUUCCAGCAGGUAUCAAUGUCUCUGGCAUCCGCAGAGCCUUACUCUGGUGAAGUGACUCAUAGUUGAACAUGAUGUCCGUUGUCACUGUUGUAACUCUGGUAACAAGCAUUCCGCUUUUGUUAUUUAUUAGAAGUGUCAAGUCUUGUGACUAUUAAAGUACCACUUUAAGUCAAA